UUUUAUAUUUAUAUAAGUCCAGACAUCCAAGAUAUUCUCGGUACUUGCUUGUGAGACCAGCUGCCCAGUGCUUUUGUUGGAAUCAUUCACACUACCUAGCUUCACCUCACUAGCGUAAAGUAGUGCCAUUUUCUCAAUCAUGCUGAGUGGAGUCAGAAGCGCUCCUGUUGAAGAAGGCAGAGGCACCUCGGGGCCGACGCAAGAUGAUGCCAGGACCAGACCAGCCACAAUCAACAAUUUAAAUCCCAAAUCCAGCUGUGUUGUGUUGUGUAAACCUGGAGAUGGAGUGCGCCAUCAGUUGUAUAUUCCUACAAUUCUCCCUCAAAGCGAUAAUCGCCCCGAUUCAACAGGUGGCAACUCCCUUCCUUUGCCAGACAUUAUGCCAAACCAGGCCUCCAAACCAAGCGUGUCCAUUCGGCGCCACAAGAGCACCACGGAUUUGCCCUACAGCCCUCAGCGUGGGUACAUGCGUGGCCAGAGACCCAGUAUCUGUGCCCCCACUGAGGCUGAGCUGGCGCUGAUGCGGCGCUGCUCUUUACAUGAGCCGAACAUUCGUCCAUGUUGCCGCCAUGCUCUUAGUGUUCCCAACAUGGCAAGUCCAAGCACAAGCCCUCUGUGGAGCACCCCAUCCCGCAGUGCUCUCUGCACACCUGUACGGGACAUAGAGUGCAGUCCUAAAGCACGCAACAAGCUAAUAGAGAGCGAGAAUGCGCAGACUCCUACUUGUCCACCGGAGCUUCGCGAACAAUGCCGUUACAUCUCCAAAGAUGGGAAGUGUAGGGUAGACUUGGCACAUAUGGCUGAGAGAGAACGAUUCCUGGCUGACAUCUUCACGUCUUUUGUAGAUCUUCAGUAUAGAUGGUUUCUUUUCGUGUUUAUGAUGUGCUACGCAGUCACCUGGUUUAUUUUCGCAGGGCUUUAUUCGCUAAAUGCAUUCUUGCGUGGAGAUCUUGAAGUUCCUGGUGACGCUGAUGUUUGCUACACAAAUAUAGAUGGCUUUGUGUCAGCAUUGCUCUUCUCAGUAGAAACACAGAGGACUAUUGGCUACGGCGCUCGCACGGUUUCGCCACGCUGCUACGAAGGUGUGCUUUUGGUCAUGGCGCAGUGCAUUGUGGGCUCCAUGAUUGAUGCCCUUAUGGUGGGCUGCAUGUUCGUCAAAAUUUCGCGUCCCAAGAAGCGCGCAGAAACACUUCUUUUCAGCCGUACUUGUGUUGUGGCCUACCGUGAUGAUCGUCUUUGCCUUAUGUUCCGUCUCGGCGAUCUGCGUGAGAGCCACAUGGUGGAUGCCAAAGUACGCGCUAAACUCAUCAAGUCUCGGCAGACGUCAGAGGGGGAAUUUCUCCCGCUGGAGCAGUCUGAGAUCGACCUGGGCUACGAGAGUGGCUCUGACCGUCUGUUCCUAGUGGAGCCGCAGGUCAUUCAACACACCAUCGAUUCCAGCAGUCCUUUCUGGGAGCUUGGGCCGGAGCAGCUGCGGAAGCAACAGUUUGAGAUUAUUGUCAUCUUGGAGGGCAUUGUGGAAGCAACAGGAAUGAUGUGCCAGGCGAAGACUUCCUACAUCGAGACGGAGAUCGAGUGGGGAGCCCGUUUUGAGCCGUGCAUGACACUGGAGAAAGGGGCGUUUCGAGUCGACCUGAGACGCUUCCACAGCACAUAUCCCGUGCCUCUUCCGCCGUGCAGCGCGCAGGAACAGCAUCACCUGCAGACACUCCAAGUGGGACUGGAGCUCCAGGAAUCUCUCAAAGACGGUGCUAACUGGAAAUUGGGUGGAGACGACCAAGAAGACGACAUUGUGAAACCACCAGGAGCAUGUACUUUCACUAUCCACAACAUCCAGGAGGAGCGAGUGUCAGAAGUCAACGAAUGCGAAUCUCUUUAGUUGUUGUGAGUGCGAUACUGACGGUGCCCUUUCUCAGCGGUUCAGGUUCCGGAAGUAUUGUUCCAAUGUGUUUUCUCUUUAGGCAUGUCCAAAAAUCUUAAGUAGCCUGAGUAAUUCUAAAUAUAGAGACUGGAUAGGUUAUGCCAUUUACUUUUUGAGCGUGUGCGAUCACUGCAGAGGUUAUUUUCCCCUCUCUCGUGUGGGAACGCCGUUUUAAACACUAGACAUCGUACGUUUGCCUACUUUGUAAGUGGUUACAGAGAAAAACUGAACAUUAUACACUAAACGAAACCAUACAUUAAAUAAGAAACACUAAACCGUGUUGUUAGGAGAGGCAUGACACAUCAAACAAUGUCAUGUACAGUCGGCUCAAGCUGUC